UUAUUUUGCCACAACAAACAUGGCAGGCCGAACAAAGCGGCGCUGUAAAGGCUUUUUGAUCGUGUGGCGCCAAUCUCGUUGGUUUCGUCUUUUCGGCACUCGAUGACUUGAUGAUGUUCCGCAGAUAGCCAAGAUAGCUCUGUCAAGCGGUUGCAUGAACGACUCAUCUGGUCGUUUGGACAUGUCAUUAGCACGGGCGAUCUCUUCCUUCUAAAGAGUCCGAGGGCUCAACAAACUAGGUACCAUGGACGCAUCAGAAAAGGCUCUUCAUGAGGCGUUCGUGACAUCCAAAGGUAGCUGCGAUCCUCUGGAGCUCUUGCUUGUUGGCGGCCUGUUAAUGUACAGCACCGUUCUGCACGCAACGCUUGCGCAGUUGCCUCCCAUCAAAACAUUAAGGAAAAACAUCUGGUUUUCUGCAAGCCUUGCCAUCUUUGUCCAGUGCGUGCCGUUCAUUUUGUCCUUCACUAUUCUUGCCGACUAUUGGGCUUGCUUAGUGUUCACAGUGGUCGCCCUUGCAUUUGGAAUACGACUUUCACAGCGUCUGUUUGACCAGUGCACCUCAACGAAAAGCCAGGGGAAGAAGUUGGUUAGAAAGAGAAGUGUUGCCAAAGUUGCACCCCACGACUACCCUGGACUAAGCUCGGGUCGUGCACAAGUCAUUCUAAUGACCAUCUUUGGAAUUUUGGCUGUGGACUUUCCAACUGUACCCCGGUACUUUGCCAAGACUGAGAAGACGGGAUUCAGUCCCAUGGACCUGGGUGUUGGUGCAUUUGUAAUAAUUGUGGCCAUCAGUUCUCGAGAGGCCAAGAACAGCCUUCCUGCAGAGCGCCUGAAAAAUGUGUGCAAAGCCGUGCGUGGCAGCGUGGCCCUUGUCAUAUUGGGGAUGGUACGUCUGUUCAUGGUGACGGUCCUCAACUACCAAAACCCUGUUCAUGAAUAUGGUGUCCACUGGAACUUCUUUUUCACACUAGCAAGCACCAGGAUUUUGACAUCACUGGUGUACGCGACUGUGCCUAUUCAUAUGGACUGGGUAAUUGCUGUUGCCCUGGGUUGCGUAUAUGAAGCCUGCCUGCUGUUCACUCCACUGGCAUUAUUCCUGGACAGCGACGACCGGUCAGGUUUCCUGGCAGCAAACAAGGAAGGCCUUGCAUCCAUUGCUGGCUAUGUGGCACUCCACUUGGCUGCUGCAGCAACGGCAAGAACCCUGGGUUAUAAGCCACGGAACACUGCUCGUGACUGGAUCAGGACGGGACUGCAGGCUACUGGAGCGAGUGGUGCUGCUUUUGUAGCAACGUACAUCAUGCACACCGCAGUGGAUCCCGUUUCGAGGAGACUGGCAAAUGUCUCCUACUGCCUGUGGAUGUACUCACUUGGGACAUUCGCAUUGGCCAUGAGUGUCGUGGUCACAUUCCUUCGUGUAGCAUUGCUACCUCGCGACGCACACAUAGACUACAAUCUUUUUGCUGUGGCCAACACUGACAACAGCGAUGUUGACAUACUCUGGAAAAGCAUCAACUACAAUGGGAUGGCCGUGUUUCUCCUUGCAAAUAUUUUGACUGGACUAGUUAAUGUCUUCUUUCAUCCAAGGACUGCCACUGAUACUGUGUGCGUGGUUACACUGGUUGGUUAUAUUUAUGCUGUGUGUAUGUUUGCUGUAAUCUUGCAUCGCAAGAGGAUGAAGUUGAAGCUGCCAUUUACAUGAAUUUGCCUGUUUUACUUCAGAUUUGUACAAAUAAAGCAGUAAAGCCCUUUCCUU